AUGGAGGCAUCCAAUAUCAAAUUAGAAAAAGAAGCCGUCGUCGUUGGAUCCGAAAAGCUAUCCAUGUGCAGCGGAUCUGACACGCCUGAGGCCAGCACUGAAACUGUCACGGUGGAGUCCAUCUACAUUGAUCCUGAGAAAGAGAAAGCCGUCCUUCGCAAGUUCGACAAGUACGUUUUGCCUCAGGCUUUCGUAUUCAUCCUACUCAACUACCUUGAUCGCUCGAAUCUCGGCAAUGCUCGUGUGUUUGGCUUUGAACAAGACAUCGGCCUGAAGAACAACGAGUUUGGGAAUCUUGUCACUCUCUUUUUCGUCCCUUACAUUGUCACCGAGGUCUUCUGGGUUACCGCUGUCAAACGCUUCGGUCCCAACUUUGUCAUCACCACGGCGCUUGUCGGAUGGUGCGCCGCCACUAUUGCAACUGGCUUUGUUCAAAACUAUCAUCAAGCUCUCGCCUGUCGCAUGCUCCUCGGGCUCUUCGAAGCAGGUGUUGCCCCGGCCUUCACAUUCAUUUUCUCCACCAUCUAUUCUCGCGAAUCCACAGCAAAACGGGUUGCGCUCAUCAACUUCUCCAAUGCUGUUUCCGGAGCCUUCGGGGGUAUGUUCGCGUAUGCCAUCCAGACAAUGGGUGAGCAGAGGGGACUGGAGGCCUGGAGAUGGCUUUUCAUCAUCGAAGGUUCUGUAUCCCUUGCUCUGUGCGGUGGCUGCCUUUGGUCGUUCCCAAACAAGCCCGAGACCGCUUGGUUCUUGAAGGAAGACGAGAAAGAACUCAUGAGACUGCGAAAGCAGCGCGACAUCAUCUACAAAGGAGACGACAAAUUCGAUUGGAAGUGGGUCAAGCAAGCGCUGACUGAUCCCUUCAUCUACGUCGCUUCCAUGGCCUUCUUCACCUCCAGCGUCGCCAUUUUCGGCUAUGGGACUUUUCUUCCAACGCUGAUCAGAGGCUUUGGCUACAAUGCUUUCCAAGCCAACUACCUGACAAUUCCAGUCUAUGCUGUCGGCGCGGCCUCAUUGCUGACGCAAGCAUAUUGGUCUGACAAGCUCAGACAGCGAGCAUUAUUCCUUCUCAUCUCCGCAUGUCCCGUCAUUGCAGGUUACUUGAUCUGUGUGGGAACCUCGAACCGCAUCGCCUGCUAUGUGGCCAUGUUUAUCCUCGUCACUGGUGUUUACUCCUUCUCAUGCCUGAUGAUGACUUGGGUGGCGACGAAUCUUGUCCCUGAUUACAAACGGUCCGUCGGUCUGCCUAUCUUUGCCAGUAUCGGAAACUGCAGCGGACUUGUUGCAGGACAACUAUACCCCAAAGCUCAAGCGCCUCGCUUCAUCAUGGGUAACUCCAUUUCGGCUGGCCUGGAAGUAAUUGCCUCUGUGUUUGUUGUCUUGACCUGGCUGCUCCUGAGACGCAGAAACCAGCAGAAGGACAAGGCCAUUGCCACAGGAGCAACCACUAAUGGACUAGAAGGGGAUCGGGCUCUGGAUUUCAAGUAUAUCCUAUGA